AUGGAGUUUAUUGUCCAGGCCAAGUGGGUGAAGAGUACCAGCGAGCUUCGAAGCUGUCUUGGCCCUAAACUCGACACAUGCGCGAAAUGCCAAGGGCACUCCAAAAACAAAUCGUCUUGCGGAAAUCCUAUCAGUCAAGCUUCACGCUCUCAGAUUACAUCCGUAUUAUUCGACAUGGUCCAAAGCGGAAGCAUAUCUUGCGCUGCUCAGCACUUGGAACACCUUGCAUCACUCGUCCUCUGUAAGAGAUACCAUCAGAAUCAGAUUGCGGAAAAAGCCACCGAAUGGAGGAUUCGUCUACGUUCAUUCCUCGGACUAAAUGAUAUUUUGCCCAAGAGACGAGUUGUGACGAAUGUGACAAACAGUCAACUGCCCAAUGGCUCCUUGUCGAAAAUAAAGUCAGAACCAACAACCGACUUCGCGACUGUGGUUAAAGAAGAAGAUGACGGCGCAACUGUUAAGCUCGAAACUAUUACCUCCUCGAAGGAGUCAGGUCUACGAGUGGGAGAACAAAUCAAGGCCGAGAGUAAAUCUGCGAUACACAGCUUUACACCAUUUCAUCAAACUAGGCCAAUGAGCACUAUUAACAAAGAGGUCAUCAAGAAGCUCCAAGCCCCAUUCAUGAAGAGCGAAAUGGAAGAUCACACUAAACGCGAAGGAUAUAUUUACGGCUACAAAAUGCCCGAGGGCCACAAGUUGCCAGACGAAAGUAGUUGCCGAAUGAUCAAGAUCGGCUUCACAGAUAAUCUCGAAAAACGUAUGCAGGAAUGGCAGAAGCGAUGCCAAUACGAGCCGCAGGUAGUCUUCUCGUACAAGGUAUUCCAUCAUGUUAAGAUGGAAAGGAUUAUACACCUCCAUUUGGGUAACGAGCGAAGGAAGGAGACAAAGUGUCCGGGCUGCGAGAAGAACCAUAUUGAGUUUUUCGACGUUGACACACCUAGAGCUGAAGCGGUGGUAAUGAUGUGGGCUGUGUGGGCACGACUUCGGCCUUUUGAUGAAGAGGGGAGGCUUUCGCAGUGCUGGGCGCAAAAGCUGAAUGAGAUGAACACGGAGGAUCCUGAUUGCUGGGAGAAUUUCAUACUUAACAAGGUGGUAUAG